AUGACUGCCUUGGUGGGUGAAGAACAGUCUGCCUUUGUGAAGGGGAGGAAGAUUGUUGAUGGCGCAUUAAUAGCUUGUGAAGCAGUUCAUUGGUUAAAGAAGAAGAAGGCUUCGGCUUGGUUGAUUAAACUUGAUUUUCAUAAGGCUUAUGACAGGGUCAGAUGGAGUUUUGUGGAUGUAGUGUUAGAGAAUAUGGGAUUCGGAGAAAAGUGGAGAGACACGACAGCAUCCAUGUCCAUUUUGGUGAACGGAACACCAACCAUUCCAUUUAAGCUACAUAGGGGCUUACAUAAGGGUGAUCCAUUAUCCCAUUCUUAUUUGUUCUAG